AUGCCCGAUGCAAAUCCUGCCCCUGGUGGCAGAGAUGCGCAAGGCAUCAACCGCCGCGUGCUUCAAGUUUCCUUUGCCUACAUGUCUCCUGAGCAGUGGGCAGCGGUGUGUUAUCUUGAAGAGGAGGAAUUUGAACGUCAGAUGUCGGGUUUUACCCGCUUCCUGGAUCCUGGUGAUCCUGUUGAUGGGGAUACCGAAAUCCCCUUCCUCCUUCUUCGGGGUACCUUGAGAAAUCACCGCUGGGAUCGCUAUCCCACCAUGGAAUAUCAAGAUGCCAAUGGCCGCCGGGCCCCUCUGUUUGAGGUUCUUCAGCACCACGAUGAUGAUGGCUGGUACGCCGAUGAUAGCGCGUUUGGGGAUAGGCUAGUUGCCUUCACCAUAAGGGACUUUCGGACCUUUGAGAUUCGGUUUGUAAUCUUGCGACUCGUUGAACAGGAGCCACCCAAUCCUUUGGCUGUGCCUGGUCCCAUUGACCCGCCUCAUAUUCGGGCAUUCCGAGUGAAGGACGAGGCCUCCAGUGCCUCAGGGUCCUACAGCGCUUCGUCUAGCCAAGGCUAUCCGCCACCAAUGCUUGCUGAGACCUCGGGGGUCGCCGAUCUUCCAGGCCAAGGCUACUCGCCACCCAUGCCUGCUGAAGCUCCUGGGGCUCCAGACCCGUCUGGUUCGUUGUCCAGUUUCUCUUCGGGAUCGCUGGAUGUGUCAGCAACGGGCCCGGUGUCUUCUAGUUCCGGGAACACUUCCACUGUGGAUACUCACUCCACCCUGCAAUCAAGCAUUGCUGAAUGGACCAUUGAUCCUCCCAGCAAUUCCCUCUGUCACGUGCUUCAGUCAGGUGCGCCGCUGAGCCCGUACAUCAUUCAGAUUGGGCUGCAGGGCUGUGUGGAAGUUCUUGAGAAUGAUGAUGAUCUUGAAAAAACGUUGCAUUAUGCAAUUCGGGGUUUCCAGUCGGAGCAACGAGGAAGCCGUAUGCUUCCCAACGCCCUUGACCCUGAGGUUGGCUGGAUUGUGGUUGCAGCUAUGAUAGCCCGUUGGUUAGAGGAUAAUCCUGAAAGUGCGAGUGGAUAUGAUGUCCCGGAAAGGGUUAAAGCCAUCGCCUUAGGAACCGCUACCUCCACGGUGCCUGAUGAACCCGCCCCGUCGAUGUAUGAUUUCUGGUUGAAAAAACUAGAUCAAAAUGAAAGAGCGGACGUGAAUGUUCCAACUCCGCGAUGGGUGAGGCGGUAUGCUGUGCUGAGUGAUCAUGAAGCCCAACGGCUCCAGCGUGGUCGUCCUGUUGAUGACCCAGCCAAUGGCUGGAACGAGCUUGACCUUCAAAACUUUGGCUCGCUGGUUCACACCAUGCACAAUCCCGAGCAUGCCUUUAUGAUAGGACUGUUUGCCCUUAGGGGUCGAAACUGGAAUACCAUGCCGGAGGUGCGUAUGAUUUGGGACCACCGCCACACCAACAAUCCCUUGCCCUAUGUGUUAGGGUAUCAACCGGGUGGUUUGAAUGAGCAAAACACUGAGUAUGAAAUUGAUCUUCUUGGCAUAGUAGAGAGGGAAUGGGUCGUCGACUUUGAGGAUGAACCCAACCGUCGUGCCUACCUCUACCGGGCCAUCCGAUAUGGUCAGCCUCCGCAGUGGUUUCUGAUCGAAAGCAACAUGAUUUGGCAGAAUCGGUAUAUCUCUGCCGAAGAGGCCGGCCGUCUUCCCGUGCCGGAUCCUCAAGGGCCUCCGCCUUUUGAGAACCGGAGGGACCGUUCUCCACGUCGUGACCCGGAUGCGGGGCCUGCCUUUCGUGUUGCUCGGCUCUUCCCCAACUCCGGAGGAUCCCCGUCGGCACAAGAAGUGUUCUCUCCGUGUGAGACCUUCUGCAAGCAGGUGCUUCUUGAAGGAAACCCAGUUUCCACGGGUCAGCUUGCGAAUGCCAUUCGACUGUACAUUCAGGACAAGAAAGCGAUCAAUCGGAUCGCCAAGCGACCCCUAGCUGGAAACCAGAAGGAUGAGUCUUCUGGGGCAACGCUGCCUCCCUGGUUCUGGUCUUCCGGAGCAGGGGUUUUCAGUGCUAAGGUUGGAAUAACCAAUACGGUGCACGAGUGCCCGUGGCUCACUCGACUUCUUGCUGUGAGCCUCUUCCACCGCACUGGUCAGAAGCUUGCCUCUGUUGGCUUCGUGAUCAACAUCGAAUCCGAGGUCCAUCGUGACUCCCACAAUUCUCUUGAGUCUAUGAAUGUGGUUUGGAAUGUGGGGCAAGGCUCGGGCUCCCUUGAGGUCCGUGGCCAUGAAAUGCCUCUUCCUCCCAACGCCUGGCUCAGUUUCCCCCCGCGCGAUCUUCACAAAUCUGGUAGUUGGGAAGGGGAUAAAAUCUUGGUUUUGGGCUACACCCCUAGAUCUCUUGAAGGGCUAACUUCUUCGGAUUUGCUAAGCUUGAGAUGGGUAAACAUGCCAAUCCAGGACCUUGAACCUCUGCAAGUAUCCCCUGCCAGUGGAGAAUCCUCUCCCGGGGACGGUUUGUCAAAGUUGCUUCCAGCUGAGUGUGAUUCUGGGGAUGAGGAAGCAGACUUGCCGACAGAGGAAUCUUGGAGCCAGGUAGCUCAAGGAUAUGAGCAAAUGCACCAAGCAGUGACUCAUUUUCUUAAGUCACUGCAGCGAUCUGUUGUGGGCGCUUCAUCCGAAGGCCCAGUUGAUCCCAUCACCUUGCAGGCGAUGCGCGAAGCGUCCUCCCUUCGCAAUGAGCUGGGCUGGCAUCUGGAACUUGCGCGCCUUUAUGGCUGCGAUGAACCUGUCAGUUCCUCCUCUUGGAGGGUGUGUGCCGCUGCCCCUGCAGCUGAACAUCUUGAGUCCCAGCCCUUGCUGCAUAGCCGCAUUGUCUCGAAUGAGGAAGUUCGUGAAAAACUGCAUGAAUGGCGUGAUGCCAUGAAAGCAGAAUGUGAUUCCUUGAUUUCUAAGGGUGCGGUUGAGCUUGUGGCAGAUAGUCAAGUUGAAAAAUGGAUUUUAGAUGGUGAAGACGUAGAGAUCCUCCCCGGCCAGGGUGUACUGAUGUCAAAGACUGCCUUUCUCAAUGCUCGCCUUGAUGAGCAGGAAGCAGAAUAUCUGAUCUGCAAUCCACCUAAGGUUUUGUACGCCGCUGGUGUUAUCCCUCGGGGUUACAAAUGGAGAGUCCAUGGUGCUCUCUACGGACUCCAGACCUCGCCUCGUGCUUGGUCCCGGCUGCGGGAUAAAACAUGCAGAGUCUUGACUUGGACCGUCGACGGCGAAACUCGCCACUUGCAACAAUGCGUUGCAGACCCCAACAUUUGGCUUGUCAAGUCCCCUUGCGGCAAGACUGUUGCCUUGAUGUGUUGGUAUGUCGACGACCUCCUAGUGUUAGAACCGUGGUCAGAGCGAUCUGCUCUUCUUGAAAAAAUCAAGGCCACCUGGGAGUGCAGUGCGUUCACGCUUACCGAAGAUGGCCCAGUUGAAUAUUGCGGCCUUGAGAUUUCGGAGUCUGCUGAUGGUCUCUUGACUGGGCAGACAAAGUUUGUCAAGGAACUCUUGGAGGCACAAUGUGCAGGGGUGUGCCAAGUCCCCUAA